AUGACGUUUAACGCUCAGGUGGACUCGUCAUAUGGCUCGGCAUAUGGCUCGGAAGCCCUGACCUUGAAUCAGACGACUUCAGUGAAUGGAACGACCGGAGAAACGAACUUUGAGGGAAGUAAUAAAGAGGAUUAUACUGCCUCCAACAGCUCACACACCUCUGAUUCCAUAAUUCAUCGAUAG